UAAACGUUGUCUGGCAUUCGAAGCGCGCGGUCGAACGGAGAUCCCCACACAACAACAAAAAAAAAAAACUAAUCUACACAACGUGAGCAGCGCACGUAGAUAGAUAAAAGUUGUUAGACAAUAAAAGUUGAACAUAACGGAAAUAUGUUGAAUAAAGUUAUGCAAGGCUGUAGUGCGUCGGGACUGCGGGACGUUUGCGAGAGCACGAAUCUGCUGGACUAUAUCGGAACAGUUGUGGAUCAGAUCGAGAAUAAUGCUACAAUUGACAAUGCAGCGUUUGGGCUUGACAAAUUGGAUGCAUCCUCGGCGAGGUUCUAUUUUGGCUUCUGUGCCCUCAUCUCACACGUACUGCUCGCGGGGAUUACGCUGGUCGUGGUCCACAAAUGUGUUUCCCUAAAAAUGGUGCAUACCGCCGGACACGCCUUCUACUGCACAGUUGCCUUUGUAUUCCUACUGGGCGAAGCUCUGCUUGUGCGCCACAGCAGAGUCUUGGAAAUGUGGCUGGGCCUAUUCAAUGUGGAUCUGCUGCACAGUGCUCUCGGCCUGCUGGCCUUUGGCAUCGGUGUCGGCGGCGUCGGCAUCAAGACCUGGCAAAAGCGCGAGCGCAAGCGAGAAGAUCCAAGCGCCACAGUAAAGCAUUUCCGCAGUAAUCACGGAUUCUUUGGCAUUGUCGGAUGUGCUCUGCUUCUCGGCUGCGUUCUCAGCGGCCUGCCGCUCUAUUUCUAUACGAAUAAAUCGCUGCAGAUCAUUCAUCGCUUCUGUGCUCUCAGCAGUUUUGCAACACUAAUGAUUUCCCAGAUGUUCAGCUACAACACUGGCUUUGCGCGUCGCCAAUGGAAAGCACAACACAUCCGGCUCUUUAAGCUGUUCACAUUUAUUGUGACCAUCACGACGAUUAACUACGAAUUCAGAAGAUUUGUGCGCGAAGUUUUAACGAUUAUCUCGGAAAAACUCGGCUAUUAAUUUGGGCAAUUUGGUCAUCGAAUACAUUUUCAUUGUUUAGCACAUAUAGUAUAUAUUUAUAAUUUUUAUUAUUUGUUUAAUAUACGAUACCAUUGAAUAACAUAGUUUUGAUUAAUUGCCACAUACACAUAUACACAUACAUACAUAUACUAUAGAUUAUAUAUAUCCGCGUAACUUUCGUUUGGUAUAAUAAAUGAUAACAAUUCACCAGAAAUAAACCAAAAAACUGAGAAAUUCUGCCCAAAACAAUUAUAAC